AUGGAACCAGUAAAGGUCGCUAAAAAUUCCCAGAAAGGCCAGAGUCAGCAACCGGAGCCAUCAACAUCUACGGGCUCCGGAACAUCCAGGCCAAGGCGCGGCAGGCCGAGCGGUGCAAACCGCGUCCCUCUCACCUUGGAAGAAAGACGCGCAAGGAAUGCGCAGUACGAGAGGGAGCGGCGAGAAGACUUCGCCGCAGCGCAGGCAGAAUUAGCGGAGGCUGCAGGUUGCGAUCCCAAUGCAUCGACAAUUAACUUGAUGGCGUUCGUGGUGACAAAAUUGAAGAAAGCCUCGGAAGAUUUUAGUAUUGAGGAGUAUCAAAGAAUAAAUGCCAACCUGGAAGCUCAAAUUGCCAGUUGUUUCGAGAGGUUGGGGCCCGAAUUUGUGUUAAGUGGCGAUGAAGACGAUGUAGAGAUCGAUGACUCAAAUACUCGUAAACGCAAGCUGUCGCAGGAGACGUCGCGAGACGAGAAACGCAUGCGGCCAGGUCCAGAGCAAGUGCCAGUGAGUGGGAGUGGGCCAAUGGUGUCGACCACUGACCUUGCGGAAGCUGGGCCCUUCUUCCCUGGAACACACUCACAGUUGCCAUCUUCAUUUUUCCCAUCUCCAAAUUCUCCCGAUGCAGAGCUACCAACGCCGUCACAGUUUGCGCACCAAACACCAUCGCCACUUCUGCAGCAGGAGACGGCGUUAGAACAGGAGAUAGCUCUUCGUUUCUGCAAAAAGUACGAAAAAGAAGUGAACCUCAAGGACAACAUAUUUAGACAGCCUGGAGAUGACCAGUCCCAAUUGGCGGCGCCCGUUCACGAACAUGACACGUACACCAGCACCACCCAACUCAACCAUAUUAUAGGGAAUUGGGCGAUCCAGUGCCCGUGCCACCGCCAAUGA